AUGGAGGAAAAGUACGGCUCGCUCCACGCACCCUCGAACCUUCCACUCGCACUAUAUAUCGGCCUGGGGCUGGCCAUGACAUCUAGCUUAGCCAUCGGCACGAGCUUCGUCAUAACGAAAAAGGGUCUCAACCAAGCAGGCGAAACACAUGGCUUCGAGGGAGAGGGUUUCGUAUACCUCCGGAACCCCUUGUGGUGGGCCGGCAUCUGCACAUUGGUUGUCGGCGAAGUAUGCAACUUCGCAGCGUACGCCUUCGCGCCGGCCAUCCUCGUCACGCCUCUGGGCGCGCUGUCGGUGUUGAUAGGAGCGGUGUUGGGUUCAUAUUUCCUCAAAGAAGAGCUUGGCAUAUUAGGGAGGCUUGGGUGUGCCAUCUGCCUCAUUGGCGCUGUCAUCAUCGUGCUACAUGCGCCGCCAGAUGAGGACAUCGAGACCAUCGAGACCAUCCUCGCAUAUGCGCUGAGGCCUGGCUUCUUGAUAUAUGCCAUAACAGUGACAGCCUUCUCCGUCUUCAUGAUCUACAGAAUUGCUCCCGUAUACGGCAAGCAAAACCCCCUGAUCUACCUCAGCAUUUGCUCCCUCGUAGGAUCAGUGUCGGUUAUGGCCAUCAAAGCCUUCGGCAUCGCCCUCAAACUGACCUUUGCGGGCAACAACCAAUUCACCCACGCCUCAACCUACGUGUUUAUGAUCAUUACGGCGGUUUGCAUCUUGACACAGAUGAACUACUUCAACAAGGCGUUGAGCCAGUUCCCUACCAACAUGUGUGCCCCCCUCUCCCCCACCCCCAAUGUAGCAAAAUAUGGCCAUGUCCAGAUUUCUAACCACCUGCGCAGCGUCAACCCCCUCUACUACGUCACCUUCACGACCGCAACCCUCUGUGCCUCAUUCAUACUCUACAGCGGCUUCAAUACCACCGACCCCAUCAACACGCUCUCCCUCCUCUGCGGUUUCCUCGUCACCUUCACGGGCGUGUACCUCCUGAACUUGUCGCGCAGCGAUCCCAACGGUUUCAAGAUGAUCUCUGGGCGAGGCGGCGACGAUUCAGUGGGCACGGACAUGAUCUCCCAGAUCCAGACGCGUAUGAGCAUGGAGGCUCGUCGGAGUCUCGGCCACGGCGGCGACCGCGAGGGCCUGAUGCGGGCGUACGACGAGGAAGAGGCUGCCGAGUUUGGCCUGACAGACCUCGCAGAAGACAGCGAUGACGAACGCAAUGGCAUGAGGACCAAGCAGAACGGCUCGGCGUCGGCGAACGGGAGGUCGAGAUCCAGUGAAAUACAGCCGCCAAAGUCUGGGGAGCGGUGA